CUUGUCAAUGAGCUGUGGCGCUGCUUCUUCACUGAAGUUCAUCUACGAAAACUCAAACAGUUUCCAUGGUCAAACGUUGCAAUAGUACACUACACAUGUGGGAUGCCAUUGCCGCAUAUGUAAAAUGGAAAAAGGAAUCCAAUGGUAGACAAAUCCAAAUAAAUUAAAUAUACAUUUUGCAAUGGAAUAAUAAUCAAUUUGGACCUACCGUGAAUAUUAGAAAUACUGGUAAAAGAAUGAUGCUGCUUUGGCAGUUCGGUUGUCCUUGUCACAUGUUUGGACAUUUAGACAAGUAUCCGUGUGUCACCCGUCCACAGUCACAGUCCAAGUCAUCCAUGGAGACUUUUCUAUUUUGCCAAGAAUCUCCACAAGACUUGGCAGAGGCCAAAUUUAAUUUGUCCAGAGACCAACCAGCAGCUUACCUCAUCAAUCCCAGCCAUGGAGACUGCCAUAUCUGCAGUUGCAGGUGAACUCGUGAGCCAGUUCAUCUCCUUCCUGAUGAACAAGUACAACUCCUUCAGCCAUGCCUGGUCAGAGGAGGAGAAGGCGGUGGAGAGGUUGCAGCACCUCCUGAUGAGAGCUGGCACCAUCGUUGAGGAGGCAGACGCGCGAUAUAUAACCAACUCCGGGAUGAUGAUGCAGCUUAAGACGCUCUCAGAGGCCAUGUACCGAGGAUACCGUGUGCUGGACAACUCAAGGUACCAUGCCCUCCAAGACAGUGCCGGCUUCGAUGAGGUUAGAAUCAACGACUCAUCUAGGAACAACUUAUAUAUAGCCAAGCGCUCACGAAUAACAAAUGAUAUGGCCACGUGCCUCGAGUCACAUGGUGCCUUGGAAAGGUUAGAAAUUGCUGUUGCUAACAUGGCAGAAUUUGCUGUGCUUCUGGGUGGAUUUGAGCGUAUGUCUCGUAGGCCAUAUGAUGUUUAUCUUUACACCGACAACUUCAUGUUUGCCCGACACGCUGAAAAGCAAAAGCUCUUGAGCUUCUUGUUGCAGCGUAAAGGCCCUCCUGGAGAUCAUACUCUGGCAGUUCUUCCGAUCAUAGGUGAUGCCACAACGGGGAAGAAAUCUUUGGUUGCUCAUAUGUGCGGCGACGAAAGGGUUCGCUCGAGCUUCUCCUCUGUACUGCACUUGAAUGGAGACAACCUUUUGAGAAUACUUGACCAUGGAAGGACCAUGGAAGGGAUGAUCUUGAUAGUUAUUGAGUUUGCUUCUGAUGUAAGUGACGAUGACUGGAAAAGGUUUCACUCAUUUGUCAUAACAAUGGGCAGAGGAAGGAAGAUCAUCAUCAUAAGUAAACUUAAAAGAUUAGCCCGGUUUGGAUCAGUGAAACCAAUUUUCCUAAGCCUUCUGUCUGACGACGAGUUGAGGUACCUUUUCAAGAAGCUGGCAUUCGGAAGUGUAGACCGUGCAGAACAUCCAUGGCUAGUACAAAUAGCAGAUGAAUUCGUCAAGGUGUUGCAGAAUAUGGAAGGUUCAAUUGUCGCAACAAAUUUGUACGCAGAUGUGUUGAGAAAGAAUCUCAAUGUUCAGUUUUGGCGUUGCAUAUUGGACAAGGGGAGAAGAUAUGCUAACAGAAACCAAUAGGCCAUACAGCAAGGGCAUCCACUGGACAUAACAGACUUUGCUUUGUGUCCACUUAGCACGACACAUCAUACAAUUGAUGUUUCAAUCAAGGAGGAAUCGCUAAGGGUGACAUUGGGGGAAAUUCUAGCAGAUCCUAGUGUUAGACCGAAAGGAGACUUCACUCUAAUUACAUGGGAAUCAAGGAGACUGAUUAUGUUCUGAGGAAACCAACCAGAGGAGCAAAUGUACAGACAAACAUGCUUACAUGUACCUU